AUGCAAGGCGGGAGACUAGAGGCGGCCCUGACCAUCCUUCUCCACAGCUCGCGUGGGGUUCCCAACACUUGGCCUUGUCUACCAAUUGCCUCUUAGGUAUUCGCCGUCGCCAAUGAGCCUGGAAAUUGUGCGACUCUUCUGUGGCUGUCGCAAGUCGUCUCGUGGAAAGAGGAACCAUGUCUGAUGUGUCUUGAUUUCCUCGGCGGCCCCAGCUAUCUGUCUCAGAUCUCACGCGAAUACCAACACUUCUCACAUCGACAUCACAGUCCAUGACGCCCUCGCUUCACACCCACGAAAUCGCCGCGCGCGCGAAUAGACCACCAGCAACAUGUUUUCCAACGCCCUAAAGUCCUUCACUUCCAACAUCUCGAGCAACUACACCCUCAGCCCGCAACCCACGUCCCAUUCUGGACCAUGGAAGAUAUACGACGCAAAGAAGAAGUCGACCGGCAAGGCGGCAUCUGUCUUUGUGUUCGAGAAGAAGUCACUGGAACCACCAGCUGGCGCAGGCUUCGGUGGGCGCUCAGCAGCUUCAGGACUCAAGCGCGCGCAUGACGAGGUCGUCGAAAGACUCAAAAAAGAGGCCAGUUCUCUAGCUCGGUUACGCCAUCCCAACGUGUUAGAACUGGCUGAACCUGUCGAAGAAACUCGUGGUGGUGGCCUUAUGUUCGCGACAGAGCCCGUCACGGCAUCCCUGGCUGGUUUGCUACAAGAAAAAGAUGAGCAGGAGAAGGCUGGUGGUGUAAAUGGACGUCGUAGCCGAUAUGUCAUCGAAGAAGCCGAUGGCCAGAAGCGGAGACGCGAACUUGAGAUCGACGAGCUGGAGAUACAGAAAGGCUUGUUACAAAUCGCAAAGGGCUUGGAAUUCCUGCACGAGAGCGCUGGAUUGGUACAUGCCAACUUGACUCCAGAAGCCAUCUUCAUCAAUGCUAAAUCCGAUUGGAAAAUCUCAGGCCUGGGUUUUUCUACGCCUCCAGAGAACUCCACGAAACCCACAUCCGUAACGCCCAUCUCGCUCUCGGAAGUCCUGAACUACGACGCCCGCCUACCACGAUACGUCCAGUUGAACAUAGACUACUCUUCGCCCGAUUUCGUCAUGGAUAACAAUAUAACCCCUGCUGCGGACAUGUUCAGUCUAGGUAUGCUGAUAAUUGCGCUAUACAACUCGCCGCAUAAGAGCCCGUUGGAGUUCAACGGAAGUUCUUCUUCAUACAAGCGGGCGUUCUCCUCAUCCUCCUCAGUUCCAAGCAAAACGAACAACUUCAUGGCGUCACAACCAUUGCCGCGAGAUCUCGCAAACGGUGUCCUAGAUCGCUUAAUAACGCGGCGACCAGCGCAGCGACUGGACGUACGAGAAUUCCAACAAGCAGCAUACUUUGACAACAUUCUAGUGUCCACAAUCCGCUUUCUUGACUCGCUACCGGGGAAGACACCCAACGAGAAGUCACAGUUCAUGCGUGGUCUACCGCGUAUCCUGAAUCAGUUUCCCAAAUCUGUACUAGACAAGAAGAUAUUACCUGCUCUGCUUGAGGAGAUGAAAGAUCGGGAACUCCUCACUUUGAUACUCCAGAAUGUCUUCAAGAUCGUUACUAUGCUUCCAUCCGGCAAACGAGCCUUCACCGAGAAAGUGAUACCGAAGUUGCGAGAGAUAUUCCUGACUGCUGCAGCUACAAACACGAAAGCGCCGCAACAGGAGAGAGAUAGCCUCAAGGAAGCGGGACUUAUGGUACUUCUUGAGAACAUGCAGAUCGCUGCAGAUAACUCCAGUGGCAAGGAGUUCAAAGAUGACAUACUCCCAAUCAUCAACUACGCUCUUGAAUCUCCUACCCACUCGCUCGUCGAUGCAGCUCUGCGUACGCUACCUGUUGUCUUGCCAAUUCUAGACUUCUCGACUGUGAAGAACGAGCUCUUCCCUGUAAUAGCUAGUAUCUUUGCAAAGACCAGCAGCAUGGGUAUCAAAAUUCGUGGUCUAGAAGCUUUCAAGACACUUUGUGGAGGAGGAAGUGAACAGCAAGACGACCAAGGUGAUGGUCUUACCGGAAUGGUAGCAGCACCCAAGGCCAAGAGCUCCAGUGUAUCGAUUCUCGACAAAUAUACCAUCCAGGAGAAGAUAGUACCGCUGCUUCGUGCUAUCAAGACGAAAGAACCUGCCGUCAUGAUGGCCGCACUGGAUGUCUUCAAGGCCAUCAGCACCCAAGUUGACAGUGACUUUCUUGCUAUGGAUGUACUUCCUAUCUUGUGGAAUUUCAGCUUGGGACCGCUACUUAACUUGCAGCAAUUCCAAGCGUAUAUGAGCCUUAUCAAGUCGACAUCUGCCCGUGUCGAGAACGAGCAGACACGUAAGCUGCAAGAACUGGGCGCGAAUGGCUCCACAGCUACCACACGUAAUGAGUUCAUGUCCUUCGGUGGCCCAUCAGCAACCAAUGGCUUCGACACCAGCAACGGAAACGGAGAUACUGACUUCGAGGCCCUUGUACGUGGAGGACAACAAGGAUCUUCUGGUGGCACAGAUAUGUUGGGUGGAGAUCCAUGGGCAAACGCUCCAGCAUCCGCUACAUCCUCUACGAUCCUCCCCUCACGGCCAUCUACCAACCGAACAGCAUCCAGGACCGCAUCGCCAGCAGCAACCUUCUCUUGGUCCACACCCCCCGUCUCUCCACCACCAACCAAUAACCUCGGCGCCCCCAAACCGCAAAGCAGAGCCAUAACACCGGACAACACGCUAAAUACACUCAACUCUUCUUUCCCCGCUCUGAGCGCCGCAAACCCAGGUAUCGGCAGUUCCUCCUUCACCCAGCCCCAACAACAAGUCCGACCAGCUAUGAACAUGAACAACAUAAUGUCUCCCACCUCUGCCACAACACCCUCAUACAACAAUACCACGCAAAGCUCGGGUAUCGAUUGGAGUAAAGCAGGUAACUCGUCAAUGGCAUCAAACAACUGGAGUAACAUGGCCACUUCGAAUACCAACACGAACAAUUCUCUAUCGAGCUUCCCUUCUAUAGCUCCACCUUCCUCACAGUCACGGACGCAAUCUCCUUAUUCGUCCUUUAGUAUUGCGCCUCCUCCUGCGAAACCGAUGGGCACAGGAACUUUUACCAUCGCACCGCCACCCAUGGGAAGUCGAACAUCGAGUUCGGGAAUGGGUAUGAAUAGUAUGGCAAAUUUGAGGGCGCAGACGCAGACUCAGCAGCAGCAGCAGCAGCAGACAAAUUGGGGAAGUGGAGGUGAUAGCUUAAUUUGAGAAGUUACAGCGGGUAUUUUAAUCUUAGCAGUGAAGUUAUAGGGUAUGAGAGAAAUCACUGUCAUAUAACCAUAUUCCGCAGGACUCAGGGAAUGGGGAAAUAUACGCCAUUCAUGUGGGUUGUUUCUACUACGAAACUGUUCGGAAUGCAUAUCGAGCCUAUUAGCACCACGUUUCGGGCCAUCAGGGGUCUUUCUUCAA